CCCGUAAAAGAGAGUUGAUUUGCGGAGAGGAGAAGGGAAGGAGAGUAAUUCUCAUUCUCUCUAUAGGUUGUGGUGAAAUCUUUCAACCGGUUUUUCUGUGCGAUUCUCAGAUCUUUUCAUUGCGUGAGUUAAUUAAAUCGGAGGAGGAGGUGAUGGAUGCACAGGCGAAGAAGAAGGCGUUGUUCCGAUCUAAACUCAACGCCAAGAAGAAAGACUCCCGCAUCGAUUCUCCUCUCGUUAGGUACAACGAAUCGGAGCAGCCUGUGUGUAGAGUGUGCAAUGUCGUGUUGAAGUCUGAAUCACUAUGGGAUGUCCACCAAGCUUCUCGUAAGCAUCACGAGGCUAUCGAUAAUUUAAAGGCUAGUGCAGCGGGGAUUCAACGGGGUAGCAGCAAACCUGCUGAAACUAAGCCAACACAACUUGAAAGUUCAACAGCUAAAUCAUCUGGUCUUCCCCCAAAUUUCUUUGAGUCUGAUAUUAAACAUCCUGAAUCUGCAGAAGUUGAAUCUUCAAAACCUAAGAAUGUACAUCAAUCAAAGCAGGCUAUAGUAGGUUCAGAAACAAAUAAGACUAAAGGACCUCUUCCAGACGGGUUCUUCGAUAAUCAGCAAACUGAUUCUUCAGAUAUCAAACCCACCAGUGAGCCUAAACAGAGUCAGACACAGACGACUGGUACAGUGGUGAAAGGAGCCCUUCCCACUGGUUUUUUCGAUAAUAAGGAAGCUGACCUGCUUGCCCGUGGAAUAAAGCUCGUCAAACCAGAUAUUAAGGACGAAUAUAAAGAGUUUGAGAAGUUGAUACAAGAGGAUCUGCAAGUAGUGGAUAGUCGCAUGGAAGAAGAAGAGGUUGAUGCUGCGGAAACUAUAGAAGAGGAGGAACAAAGAGAGCAAAGAUCAUACAAAGAGAAAGUGGAGAUUUUGAAGAAGAGGAAGAUGGAAUUGAAAGCAGCUAGGUUAGCUAAGCGCAGCAAAUCCUCUGAGGGGUCAGUUAAAAAGCCAAAGAAGACUGAAGAAGAAUCGCCCAGCGAUGAUGAGGAUGACGAGGUUUCUGCUGUUGAUUGGAGAGCUCAACAUGUUUGAAAUAAGUCAAUGUUUCUUCUGGUAAAACAUUCAGUCCUGUGUUAGAAUCCGUAUCAACUUGUCAUGGAGAAUUCUCAAAGCUUAUUAUAUUUUCAGAGCUUGUUACGUUGCACAAUUGGUAUAAACUGAUCUAGCAUUAGAGCAUGAACUAGUUACUUCUAGUUCUGACCUAAUAAAAAUAGUCAGAACCCCCUAAAUAACAUUAUCUAGUCUUUGA